CAGUAUAUUACAACACUGUAAUUUGUAUAGGCCUAUGCAGAGACCGAAGGAAAACAAUGAUGAAUGAAAGGUGACAAAGAGCCAAUUAUUACUCAUUUUUCUUGCUCUUUGAUGAAAACAAGAUAAAGCCUAAAUGUUGGAAAAUCAAUCAAACAUGCCGAAGAAGAGAAAACGGCCAGCUCUGAUCCGCACUUCUUCAAAACAGAGAAAAGAUGGUGGUAGAACGGGUAUUGGUGAGCCCAGUCUGUACCAUGCUCUCAUUAUCAUCUUCUUGGAAUUCUUCUCAUGGGGACUCUUAACAACACCGAUGCUCACAGUGCUGCACGAGACAUUUCCAGAGCACACCUUUCUUAUGAAUGGACUAGUCCAGGGUGUAAAGGGGUUUCUCGCAUUCCUGAGCGCUCCCAUGCUAGGGGCGCUUUCCGAUGUCUGGGGACGUAAAUCAUUUCUGCUGCUGACGGUCUUCUUCACCUGUAUGCCCAUCCCACUCAUGAAGAUUAGUGCCUGGUGGUUUUUUGCCAUGCUAUCAGUAUCCGGUGUAAUGUCAGUGACCUUCUCAUUAAUAUUUGCAUACGUAGCAGACAUAACUCCAGAUUCAGAGAGAAGUCAAGCAUAUGGACUGGUUUCAGCAACAUUUGCAGCCAGCCUCAUCACAAGCCCUGCAUUAGGGGCGUAUUUAGCCAGUAUAUACGGGGAUGGCUUUGUAGUAUUUCUUGCCACAGCGAUAGCCCUGUGCGAUGUGCUCUUCAUAUUAGUGGCUGUACCGGAAUCGUUACCAGAGAAAGUACGGAGAGCGUCAUGGGGCGCUUCAAUAACGUGGGAGCAGGCCGACCCCUUCACGUCGCUGAGGAAGGCUGGCCAAGAUUACACCGUAUUAUUGUUAUGUAUAGCAGUGUUCUUGUCAUACCUACCGGAGGCAGGCCAGUACUCUUGUAUGUUCCUCUAUCUUAGAACAGUUGGUAAAUUUUCACCGCCAGAAGUUCCUGCAUAUAUAGCUUUAGUUGGAGUAUUAUCAGUAUUUACUCAAACGAUAUUACUAGGGUUUUUAAUAAAACACCUCGGUCACAAGCAUACAAUCAUGGUUGGUCUAACGUGUGAGAUGCUGGAGCUGAUGUGGUACGGGUUCGCCUCACAGCAGUGGAUGAUGUGGGCUGCAGGGGUCAUAGCUAGCGUCUGUAGUAUCAACUUUCCUGCCAUCAGCGCUAUGAUAUCACAUUGCGCUGACCAGGAUAAACAGGGUGUCGUGCAGGGUAUGGUAACAGGAAUACGCAGUCUGUGUACAGGACUAGGACCUGCUCUCUUUGGGGUUAUAUUCUACUUCUUUGAUGUUAACCUGGAUAUUGAUGAUACCGGCACAAAAAACGAGGAAGGUGUGAUGGAAAACCCCAUGCAAGAGACCAUCAUGCCUGGACCACCCUUUGUCUUCGGCUCUUUACUAGUCAUCAUCUCUCUCCUCGUUGCCUACUUCCUGCCAAACGUCCAGGAGCCCAGUGCGGCCCCGCCCCAGUCCCCCUCCCUCAAGUUAGUUAAACUCAAGUCCCCCGUUGAUGAUGUCUCUGUACCCCUCCUAACGGACGUGGACAGCAUUGGUAUAGAACCAUCAGCAGUGGACCCUCUGAAUCCCUGAGGAUGCUUCGUCAAGAUACAGUCAAACCUACUUUAGUGACCACCUGUCAACAAAGACCACUGGUCUACAAGGGCCACGUUUGUUGUUUCCCUUGAAAAUGGUUUCUCAUUGAAUCAUGUACUAAAGGAACCUGUCUACAAAGACCACCCAUCUAUAAGGCGACCUUUUGUGUUUCCCUUGGGCGGUCGCUAUAGACAGGUUUGACUGUACUUCAUCACCAUCAUGAUGAGACUGCACAUAACUGUACGAAAUCACAGAGUUUGGUGCAAAAUUGGUGUCUCCUUUUUUGUGCACUCAGUGUUCCAGCUUGUGUAUGCUGAAAUAUGGACAUAGAUUGGUUUCUAUAUACCUUCAUGAUCUGUUCCCCCUUUUAAGAUCUGUUAUGUUGCCCUUUGAAAGGUUCUGUUUAGUACAUGAAGUGGCUUUGUGCAGUGGUGAAAAACACAGGAGUGCAUAAUGAGGAUGUGUAGAGCUAGGAUACACAGUCUGAAUGCAAGUUCUGCAAUUCUAGCCACCUCAAUGCAUGGGUUCAUACCUACUUCAAAUCAGCUAUGGUUGAACAUGCAAAGUUGUUUUUUGACUGUGUAACACCAUGUUGGCUGUAUGAAAUACCACAUGAGCUUUUAUGCACUUUAAAGAACACUUUUUUCGCUUUGAGGGGAUUUAUAAUAAGAAUAUGAAACAGAUAGAAACCGUGCAGUCUCUUUCUGAAGUGUUUCAAAGAAGCGAGUACGAUGCAUAUUUUGUUGGAGAUGGGCUUUGGAAGUCGACUUAAAAAGGGACAUCCAAAGGUUCUUGUGACUUGAUUUCAUAAUCAUCUCCCUCCACCAAAUACAUCCACGUGCUCUGAUAGAAACUGCUUCAAAUGGGCCAAAAUCAUGAAAAGUCAGUUGCGUCCUUUUGCCAGUGCAAGACAUUGCAUGCAUCCGAAUAGUGAUGACACAGGGUCUGUGUGCCCAUAUUUCUUGAUGAGUGCAGAACGGACUUAAGGAGGUCACAAUGCUGAGAGGCAGAAGGGCAUUACCUCCCUGAAACACAGUGUAAUGCCCUUCUGGCUCGCAGACUCUAUUUACAAUUAAAAAGUUAAUGAAUUAUGAUGUCAUGCCUGCUGAACAAUGCAAUUAAUAAAUAAUCACAUAAGCCUGUAUUCUACAUAAACUGAAACCUGAUGCUCGGUUCAAGCUUAUGUCCAAAAUCAGGUUUAACAAAGGAAGUUAGUACAGUCAAACCUGCUUUAGUGACCACCUGUCUACAAAGACCACACUUUUUGUUUCCCUUGGAAAUGGUUUCUCAUUGAAACAUGUAAUAAAGGAACCUGUCUACAAAGACCACUUUUUGUGUUUCCCUUGGGCUGUCGCUAUAGACAGGUUUGACUGUAUUUGGUCUAAAUUUUCUUUUAUUAAACAAAAUUUUGAAACAAGGGUCAGGUUUAAGUGAAUGAGUACCAGUAUUGAAAUCAUAAUUGUUAGAAGAGAAGAAGAAUAUUAGAUUCUGUGUCUUGAUGUAGGUCUGUCUUUAUGUACAAUAUCAAUCGAGACAAAUCAUGACAUGUCUCUGAGAUAACUAGUAACACAUAUUGCCACAUCUUGCAACCCAAGAUAAUAUGACAUUGUAAGACUGCUGUGUGGCAAAAUUAAUGUACAAUACAAUAUUUGACUAUAAACUGUAACAGAAUAUGUAUGGUAUACAUAUGACUAUAAGUGCUUAGAGACUUUGGUGGUAAGCGCUUUAUAAGCACCGUUUUUAUUAUUAAAAAUGCAUGAAUAAGUCACUUACAUCACCAGUUCUUAAUCAUUACUCACGCAGUUAUAACACCGAAAAAUAUUGUAAAUUGUAAUAUUUCAAUUAUAUUGAUAACAAAUAAAAAAUGGUUUAGAUUCACAAGAGUUUCCCCGCCUGUAAAAUGAAUAAAUCACGAACGUCACAACAAUUUAGUUUUGCUAUUCAAUUUUAAAAAGGCUCAAGCGUACCGAUUAUGAAAAUUUAAAUCUGGACCCUAUUCACAAAAGAUUGUGUGGAGUAUUGCAGUAAACUGUUCAAACUUUUUCACUAACCUUAAGUCAUAACCUGUAUGUGGGUGGGGAAGCUUUGGAACAAUCAAAAAGUAUUUUAAUUGCCAAAUAUUACACCUUUGCUGCGAAAACCAUGUUAUGUAUGUACUGUACUUUAUUAAGUAAGAUAACUAAAUUUUUAAUAAUCUCUCGCUCACCCUAACCUAUUACGGCACUUAGACAUUCUCUUUAUAUUUUGCUCUAUGAAUGUAGGGAAUGUCUUUGAUUCUGUCACUUAACAUGUCUCACUUGCAAUUUUAAAGAGUCAAAUUAGUAGAUUAUACAAUAUUGAGGAGUUAUUCUUUUUCAUAAUCAGUAAAAACAAAUACUGGUUUGGUUGUACUAAAUCCACAACAGGGCCGCCUAACGCGAAGCUACAGCAAGUGAAAUCAUACCCAAAAUAGUGACUUAUUAGACUUCUUCUGUGAUUUGAGAAAUUAUAUAUUUGUUUUUGGUUCAAGCUGUAAGACCCCUCUUGCCUCCCAUGUGUAAUGAAGCAACAAUAGUCUAUUGGAAACAAUCUUCAACUGUGGUGACUAGCUACAUGUGAAGGAUACGAUCAGAGAACAGAACAAUGUGAUGAAUUAAUUGUCUUUUUCAUACUGCCCACGUACAUCUGUUCGCUGUAGAUACAGUGUUAUUUCGGUUCAGCAAGCACUAAAGAUUGAACUUGAUGAUCAUCUCUCUACUUAUAAAGUCUGAUGUAUUUAUCAAAUGUUUCCAAGGUAAUCAUGAUUGAAGAUAAUUUUUAUCUUUGGCCAUAACUCCAUAUUUAUGAUUGAUUGUACAGUUUUCUUUUAGAGAUUUGCGUACCGGUAUGUUCGGAAGAUUCCUCACUAAAGUUUCCCAAAGUUUUGCUAUGUUCUGAGGAAUUUCUUGUCUCGAUGUAUCACUUGCGACUGUUACUGAUUAUUUCAAGCAAUACCUUUAUGUACUCUCUGUCUUGCACUCUGUGCAGCUGCUAUGCAAAAUUUCUCUGUUUAUAUGUGGGCCUUAUACGUUUGGUGCUGUCCGCACGACCAUGGUUCCCCGUGUUGUAUGUUGUGGUAAAUUAAAAUAACUGGAGGGUGUUUUCGUUCACCAGUGAUUCUCGACUGAAGUAUUAGUGAUACUUUUCAUGGUGGUGGGGAAGCUGAACUGCCGGUAAAGUUUUCAGUAUUAGACCAUGGGAUUCUUUUUUAAGGACCAUUUAAGAACCCUGAAAAUGGCUGAUGAGCUCCACUUAGCGCUCAUGGUUCUCGACAUUUCAAUCCGUGUGCUCUGAUGGUCUUCAGGAGAAUAAACUACCGGUAGACAAUCCCAACGGAGGCUAUAUAUUGCCUACAUAGGGAUCCAUUCCAGGGCACAUUUUCCAUUGAAAGAAUUACAUGAUGUAACCCUUAAACUUUACCUUAAAACUAUAAAUAUUCUGUUAAGCCAUUGCCUGCUGGAAUCUGGUGGUUCAUGUAUAAGCCCAUGGGAAUACGAAAGUCAGUAGUCAACAGAUUUCUAUCACUUUAUUUCCUUUUUUUACUUAUUCCUUGACACUAACCUUGGGUCACAUUCUCCCUAUAAAUUUACCAAAGCAUAUUCUCAUUUCAUACGUACAAAUAUUUUGCCAAUUUUUUAAAACAAAUUUUGAAUAUAUAUUUUGAUGGAUCACAAUUUUUUUGUUUAUGUAAUUCAGUAAAUACAUGCAUUUCUUAUUAUAUCAUAGCUAUAUUCUUUGGGUCAUAGUGCCCAUUUUGGAAAUAUUUUGGUUGCCACCGUCCUGUGUGGUAAACCACCACAGAUAGGCACUUUCAUAAAUGUUUCAUCACAAGGUGUAAAUGGAAAUUCUUCUCUGUCAUGAAAAAAAUAGUUAUCACCUUUAAAAUUAGCAUAUCAGUCAUGGAGAUAUGUGAAUUUGUCCCAAUUUCAUGGUUCAAGCACUUUUAAUAGGCCAUUUUCGUAAUGUAAUCAAAUUUAAUGCACAAAUCUUUGUUGAGUGCCUAGUUACAAAUUAUUUCAUUAACCUGUUACGAAUACGGUAAUUGUAUUUCAAUGGUCAGAGUGCGAACUGCAUACAUUCCGUGCUGUUAGGUAGGACAAGCUAUAAUGUUUGUCCUACCUAGCAACAGUUAAUGUAUGCAAUUUGCAUUCUGACUAUUGAAAUACAAUUAUUUGUAACAGGUGAAUGAAAUAAUUUGUUACAUGGCAUGUAACAAUGAUUUUUGCGUUAGAUUUGAUUACUUUACGAAAAUGGCCUGUUGGGCACUGUUUGCUUAUCUCGAUGCAUGCAAUAUAAUGUAUAUGGGGAUUACACUUGUGACACAUUAUUGCUGGUACUUGUAUGCGAAAAAUAUAUAUAUCAGAUAACGAUAUUGUAUUACAUAAGCUUUGCAGGAUGACCUUGCUUUUAUUUCUGACUCUUUCCCUUUUUAAAAAGUUUUCCAUUUGGUUUAUGAUAUUAUGACCGCAUCCCCCUGUACGAAAAUAGCCUUGCCUUACAACCGUAACCUGUACAGUUGUACAUGUAUUUCAGGGGACUGUGUCGUUUGUUUUGUGUAUAUUUUGAAAUUUCUAUUGUACAGUGUAUUUAUGUAUAAAAGAAUAUAAUUUUUCCUGUUUUAUCUCACCUUUUUUAAUAAUGGUCUUAAUUGUUCUUUUCAUCAUGUUCAUCCUUUGUGAUCUUGUAGUUGUUGCUUGUGUCUGUCCUCUUAGAUAAAGAAAUGCAAUUUGUACGUAUUUGUUUUCCCACUCAAUAAUGCAUGUGCUAUAUACAGACCGUUUAUUUUUGCAGUAAAAACGCUGCAUAGUGGUUCAACUCGAGGGAUAUUUUUGUUGUUGAUAAUUCAUCUGUUUAUAGCUAGAAGGGCAUCUACUGCCUUUUGAAGUAUAUGAUUUUACAAC